AUGCGGCACCCGCGCGCUGGGACCUGGGCCAACCGCGCCUUCCGCCUGCUCCACGCUGCCGCCGUUGCUGUCAUCUCGCUCUUCUUGUGCUCGCUGGGGCUGGCAAUGUGGCGCGGCGGCACAGCAGACCUCGACAGAUUCACACUCCUCCUCUCCCACUGCAACUCGUUCACCAUGUGGAUCGUCCGCCUAGGCAUCAUCGCCGCACACGAGCGCGACUUUCACUAUCUCGCGCGGCAGGUGGAGCGCGAUUUUGUGGAGUUCCUGACGGCAGAAGACGUCCCUCUGCUGCGCGAUCACGGUCGCCGCCUACGACGCGUGGUGAAGGCCUACCUGUGCUUCGGUGCGGCCGGCAGCAUGUGGUGGCUCGUCUUCCCAGUGAUAUGCUUCGGCUUCACCGUGGAGGGCGUCCCGUUCGAGAUGGUGUUGCCAUAUGACGUGACGAGGCCCCUGGUAUUCAUCGUCAACUGGAUCUUCUGCGCGAUUGCCACUCUACACUCGGCAGUUAUGACCAUGGCUUCCGACUCCUUCAGCGUCAGCCUAAUUGUGCAGUUACGUCUGCAACUGAGAAUUCUCAGCAGAAAUUUGGUCAAUGUGGCGAAAGGAGAUGAGGAGAUUAAACAGAAGAAGAACGCCAAAUUGCUGGAGAAGUGCUUGGCUGCAACUCUGCUAGCACAGAGUGUGUCCAUCGGGUUCGCGGUCUGCAUCCAGCUGUACCAGAUCGCCAUGCGUGCGCAGCAGUUAGUGGAUGCUGGGAAGUUCGGCUGCUACCUCUUCAUCAUGCUCGCUCAGCUGUUCGUCUUCUGCUGGUUCGGUGACGACCUCAUAACAGAGGUGAGGCGCUUACUGACUGACAGCUAUGCUGUGGUGUCACUUACCGGAUAA